AUGAGGCCAAAGACUUUUCCUGCCACGACUUAUUCUGGAAACAGCCGCCAGCGACUGCAGGAGAUCCGAGAGGGCUUAAAGCAGCCGUCCAAGUCUUCCGCUCAGGGCCUGCCGGUGGGACCAAACAGUGACGCUCCCCUGGCCGCCAAAGUCCUGGGGGGCAAGGAUGCUGCCCGGCAGCAGCAGACGAGAGCCACCCCGAAGUUCGGACCUUACCAGAAAGCCCUGAGAGAAAUCAGAUACUCCCUGUUGCCUUUCGCUAAUGAAUCGGGCACUUCCGCAGCUGCAGAAGUAAACCGGCAGAUGCUGCAGGAAUUGGUGAACGCGGGAUGCGACCAGGAGAUGGCCGGCAGGGCUCUGAAGCAGACUGGCAGCCGGAGCAUCGAAGCUGCCCUGGAGUACAUCAGCAAGAUGGGCUACCUGGACCCCAGGAAUGAGCAGAUUGUGCGAGUCAUUAAGCAGACCUCCCCAGGGAAGGGCAUCGCGCCGGCCCCCGGGCCGCGGAGGCCGAGCUUCGAAGGAACAGGCGACCCCUUCCCGCCCUACCAUCAGAUGAGCGGGGCAGCCUACGAGGGCAGCGGUCCGCUGGAGGAGGUGCCCCGGCAGUACAUGGACUUUCUUUUCUCCGGAAGCGCUCGCAGCGUGCCCGGCGGCCAUCAGCACCAGCCCAAAGGCUACGCGGCCAACCUGGAGUCCGCGGGGAUGAGCUUCCCGGUGGCCGCGCCGGCGGGCCAAGCCCUCCCGCUGCAAGGCCCCCCCUACAGGCCGCACCUGCUGGUGCCGGGGGAGCCGCUGGGCUACGGCCUGCAGCGCAGCCCCUCCUUCCAAAACAAGGAGGCGGGAGCGUACGCGAGCCCGGCCGCCAAGGGCCCCGCGGUGCAGGUGCAGGUGCAGCCGGGCGCCGGCCACGCGUUUCCGGCCGCGGGAGCCGCGGCCGGUCUGUACCUGCCCCACCCGCACCACAAGCAGGCCCACCAGGUGCACGUGAUGGGCUCCCGGGGCCAGGUGUUCGCCAGCGACAGCCCCCCGCAGAGUCUGAUGGCGCCCUCCAGGAACAGCCUCAACGUGGACCUGUACGACCUGAGCGGCGCCCCCGUCCAGCAGUGGCAGGCCUCCACCCUGUCCCGCCGCGACUCUCUGCAGAAGCCGGGCCUGGAGGCACCCCCCCGCCAGCACGUGGCCUUCCUGCCCGAAGGCCCGGUCCCCAGCAGGACCAACUCCUUCAACAGCCACCAGCCGCCCGUGGCCGUGCCCAUGCGGGCGGGCGUGCCCGGCAAGACGGAGCCCUCCGUGCCCUCCCCCAACACCAUCACGGCCGUGACGGCCGCCCACAUCCUGCACCCGGUCAAGAGCGUGAGGGUGAUGCGGCCCGAGCCCCAGACGGCCGUGGGGCCCUCGCACCCGGCCUGGGUGCCCGCGCCCGCGCCCGCGGCCGGGGUGGAGAGUCUGGACUCGAAGGACGAGCACUCCCUGCCGCUGGGGGGCGCCGGUGCGUACCCGCUGGACGUGGAGUACGGCGGCCCGGACCUGAGGUGCCCGCCCCCGCCGUACCCCAAGCACCUGCUGCUGCACAGCAAGUCCGAGCAGUACGACGUGGACGGCCUGUGCGCCGGCGUGGAGCAGAGCCUCCGGGGGGGCCCGGCCGCCGAGCCCGCCGACCGGAGCGACAAGAGCCACAAAGGCGCCAAAGGGGAGAGGCCGGGGAAGGAUAAAAAGCAGAUCCAGACCUCUCCUGUCCCCGUCCGGAAAGCCAGCAGGGACGAGGAGAAGAGGGAGUCGCGCAUCAAGAGCUACUCACCGUAUGCGUUCAAGUUCUUCAUGGAGCAGCACGUGGAGAAUGUCAUAAAAACCUACCAGCAGAAGGUCAACCGGAGGCUGCAGCUGGAGCAGGAAAUGGCGAAAGCUGGACUCUGUGAAGCUGAACAGGCGCAGAUGAGGAAGAUCCUCUACCAGAAGGAAUCUAACUACAACAGGCUGAAGAGGGCCAAAAUGGAUAAGUCCAUGUUUGUGAAAAUCAAAACCCUGGGGAUCGGUGCCUUUGGAGAAGUGUGCCUUGCUUGUAAGGUGGACACGCACGCCCUCUACGCCAUGAAGACCCUCAGGAAGAAGGACGUCCUGAACCGGAAUCAGGUGGCCCACGUCAAGGCCGAGAGGGACAUCCUGGCUGAGGCAGACAACGAGUGGGUGGUCAAGCUCUACUAUUCCUUCCAAGACAAGGACAGCCUGUACUUUGUGAUGGACUACAUCCCGGGGGGGGACAUGAUGAGCCUGCUGAUCCGGAUGGAGGUCUUCCCCGAGCACCUGGCCCGGUUCUACAUCGCAGAGUUGACCCUGGCCAUUGAGAGCGUCCACAAGAUGGGCUUCAUCCACCGAGACAUCAAGCCAGACAACAUUCUGAUAGAUCUCGAUGGUCACAUCAAACUGACGGAUUUUGGCCUCUGCACUGGGUUCAGGUGGACUCACAAUUCCAAAUACUACCAGAAAGGGAGCCACAUCAGACAGGACAGCAUGGAGCCCAGUGACCUCUGGGAUGACGUGUCUAACUGUCGAUGUGGAGACCGGCUGAAGACGCUGGAGCAGAGAGCCCGGAAGCAGCACCAGAGGUGUCUGGCCCACUCCCUGGUCGGGACCCCAAAUUACAUCGCACCCGAAGUGCUGCUGCGAAAAGGGUACACGCAGCUCUGUGACUGGUGGAGUGUCGGCGUGAUUCUCUUCGAGAUGCUGGUGGGACAGCCGCCCUUCUUGGCCCCGACUCCCACGGAGACCCAGCUGAAGGUGAUAAACUGGGAGAACACGCUCCACAUUCCAGCCCAGGUCAAGCUGAGCGCCGAAGCCCGGGACCUUAUCACCAAACUGUGCUGUGCUGCUGACCAGCGCCUGGGGAGGAACGGGGCCGACGAUCUGAAGGCCCACCCCUUCUUCGGGGCCAUCGACUUCUCCAGUGACAUCCGGAAGCAGCCGGCCCCCUAUGUGCCCAAGAUCAGCCACCCCAUGGACACCUCCAACUUUGACCCCGUAGACGAAGAGAGCCCUUGGAACGACGCUAGUGAAGACAGCACUAAGGCCUGGGACACGCUCACCUCUCCCAACAACAAACACCCUGAGCACGCGUUUUAUGAAUUCACUUUCCGGAGGUUCUUUGACGACAACGGCUACCCCUUUAGGUGCCCAAAGCCUUCGGGAGCAGACGCUUCACAGGCCGAGGACUCUGACGUGGAAAAUUCUGAUAUGGGGGAUCAGACCGAAGGGUGCCAGCCAGUGUAUGUGUAG